GACCGGAGUGCUUUGCAUUCCGUGCCAAUAGUCUCAUCGCGUUUCGCACAAAACGUAGACGCAAAAACCCUAAAAAAUAAAAUAGAUAGAGAUAGACGACUACUUCCGUCUUACCCUAUUCUUCUCCGUUCCAUUAGGAGAACGAACAAACGCCAUUUUAGAGCUGCUUCUUAUGCACACCAUUUCUCCUAAUUCCAUAGCAAAAAUCCUGUUUUUGUUUUCAAAGUUUUUCAAUCUAUUUUAUUUUUCCAAAACAAUUUCUUUGUUUACAGGCACUUGAAACAGAAACGCGAUUCGUGCCCUAAUCCAUGAUUUUUUCCCUCUUUACUGUUGCUAAUUUCUUGAUGGUUUUCUAGGUGUUCUAGAUUUUCCUGAUCGUUGUUUUUGUGUGCUAGGGUUUCAGUUUUUGCACCUACCGAUUAAGUGUGGGACCUACUAAAUCAGUGUUAUUCUUCCGAGGAUUCGUCUGGUCGACCACCAUUGUUCAGGUGUGGAAAAAUGGGAGAAAAGUCUGAUACUAAAACGGUGUCUUCACCAUAUGUUGUCCUUGAAAAUCGACCCCUUGAUCAAUGGAAAGUAACUGAAUUAAAAGAGGAACUUAAGAAACGGAAACUAAUGACAAAGGGAUUGAAGGAAGACCUGGUUAAAAGGUUGGAUGAAGCAGUUCGUUCUGAAAUAGAUGAUGCUAAGAGAAACCUUGAGGACGACCUAAACAAUGAGUCCCACUCUGAUGAUGCAACAGCUGUCCCAGUUGUUACAGAGGAUACCACUGAUGCCUUGGAUAACACCAUGGGCAAGAAUGAGGACUUAGGGAAAGAUGUUAAGGAGUUGAAUAAGGAAAAAGAUGGUAACGAGGGUUUAGAGAAAGAUAAUGUGGGAUUAGAUAAGGAAAAAGAUGGUAAUACAAGUGUUCAGAUGGAAAUGGAUAUGGUUCAGGCUGAUGAUGUUUUAGCUGAAAAAAUGGUUACAGAAGGUGGCAUUGUGUCUACACAAGUGGAAUCUUUUCAGGUAGUUGAAGAGAUUUCAGUAACAACCACCACCAAAACCACUGUUUUGGUCUCUGAGGGCACUGUAGAUGAAGGGUUUAAUGUGAAAGAGUCACAGGUGGUUGGAAACAAUGGGGAUUCAAAGGCUGAAUCUCAAUCACCUAAAGAAGAACAAGCUGAGGUCAGCAACCAGGUAACUGAGGUCAGCCAAGUAAUCUCUGAUUCUAUUUCUGUUGAUACUACUAUCUCCAAUUCUGAAAAGAAUGAACUAAAGGAUAAUGUAAUUGCUGAUGAUGUGAAAUCAGAGGUAGAUGUUAAGCCUGAAAUGGUCUUAGAUGAUAGCAAAUCAGAACCAGAUGACAUUGAUAAUGAUAAUGUAAUUGCUGCUGAUGUCAAGUCAGAGCAAGUUAUUGAACUUAAAGAGGUGAAAAUGUCAACCAAUGUUGUUGUAUCAGUUGAAGAAGUUGAUGAACCACUUAAGGACAAAAUCACUGAUGAAAGUGUUGAUAUUUGCAAGAAAAGUGAUAGUGGGGAUGUUGGCUCUUCAGAGAAGUUGAAUUUGGACAGAAGUUCUGGUGAUGAUUCAAUGGAGGAAGAUGUUCAAGAAAGCAAACAGAUUGACUCAAAGUUUACUCCUAAUGAAGUGGGAGAUAUCAGUGGGAAAAUUGAAGUAAAGGAAGAUGAUUCUGUUGAUGUUAUGGUUGUAGAUGACAAGAAUUCUGCUCCUGUUGAAGAUAUAACAUCCACAAAAAGAAAACCACAGAUAUUAGCAGAAAACAGUGAAGUAGUAAAGAGGCAACGUAGGUGGAAUACUGAACAACAGUUAACUAAUAAUCAUUCUGCUGUUACUUCUCCUAAAGAUACAAUUCAGACUCCAGUUAAACGUGUAUUUUCAAGAUCUGAGUCUAAAAUUGAUCAAGAAUUACCCAAAGAACGUAUUGUUCCACCUUCAUCAAAGACUCCAACUAAUUCUCUUCGAAUUGAUAAUUUUUUGCGUCCUUUUACUUUAAAAGCUGUGCAAGAACUUCUUGGGAAAACAGGGACAGUUGUCAGUUUCUGGAUGGAUCAUAUCAAAACCCAUUGUUAUGUUACAUAUGCAUCUGCAGAAGAAGCAAUAGAAACUCGAAAUGCUGUAUGCAACCUACAGUGGCCAGUGAAUGGUGGACGCCUGUUAAUGGCUGAUUUUGUGGAUCCACAAGAGGUUAAGAAUCGGGUCGACCCACCACCACCACCACCUCCAGCCACCACCAUGCAACCACCGCAGCCCUCUCCUCGACUACACGUUCAGAAACAACAGCAGCAGCAGCUUCCUCCUCCACCAGCUCUAGCCGCCAUGCAGCCGCAAUAUCCCUCCCCUCGACUACAUGUUCAGAAACAACCACAGCAGCUUCCUCCACCACCUCCGCCACCAGUAAGGGAGGUUGCCGCCCUUCCUCCACCACCAGUUGAUCCUCCAAUUGUUACAUUGGAUGAUCUGUUUAGGAAGACAAGAGCCACCCCUCGUAUCUACUACCUACCACUUUCGGAUGAACAAGUGGCGGCAAAGAUGAAGGGGAAAGCAGGCUUAAAGGAGUAGGAGGAAUGAAGCUCCUUCUGAAUGUGUUUGGAUAUGAUGGAUUGGAUAUAUAGCUUAUUUUAGAAGAAUGAAAACAACAAUGUAAGAUGAUAAUGGUAGAGUAGUAGAGUAUCAUCAUAUAAUCCACAUGUUUGCAGGUCUGCAGGUGUUACUUGCUUUUGCGUUUAGGAAGGAACUGUUCCAGUCCAGCAAUGCAAUGGUGGGCCAGGAGGAGCUGCUGAUUCGUUGGUUGGUUGGUUGGUUGACCGGUCAAUGGACUUUUUUUUUUGUUUUGGUGUUUGUUUUGUUUCUGUGACUUUGAGUGAGCAGCCCAUUUUGAUCUACACAGAUUGUUUCUUGUCAUGUCAUAUGGAUCAAUCGAUACUUACUUUGGGCGUUAGACCAAAUUCUGUUA